GGUUUUACCGUCAACGCGCGUUGUUAGGAUGGUUCGUCUGUUAUGCCCGGGUAAGGUUAUGCACGAAUACUAGAGUCAUCUGCGAUGCCUCAUCAGAAUGAAAUAAAACCGACAAUCUAUCGCGGUCAACUUCCGACCUCUGCAACUUGUCCUGGUUCGCUAUAUACAUGUGAUUUCCAUGAUGAUAUACAGAAUGUUGUGCAAAAGCGCACAGCGCUUAUGCCAGGUCAAAUGGAUUUAAUAUCAAACCAGACAUCAAGCUAUCACCCACUCGCUAUAAUUAAUCAUCCUAACUUCACUGUUUGUCAGAAAUCAUUUUGUGGGGCGUUUUUUGACUGUUCAUCAAAUGCAUCUUCACCAGGUUGUGCUGCUUCAUCACCGGUUUGUCAUUCAGGUAUAUAUGGGAUUAUUGAGCCUCCACAAAGUAGUUCUAUCCCAACAGCACAGACACUUGCUUUGUCUGCACACCAUGUUUCUUACAACCCAGACACUGUCGUUCCUCAAGGUUUUGCCACUGAAGACAGGAUGCACGGAAAUUCAUCCGCACACAAACUUACUCAUAGUCACAGUGCUCAAGAUGCUGGAGGCUUCAUGUUUCAGUCAUUGUUUCCUUCUCCAGGUCAAGUGUUACAUCGAUAUGGUUCACACCUAACUCCAAAUCAUAUUCAAAUGCACCAAAUUUCUCCGCCAGGCAAUAUAUAUGGUCCGUUGGUUUCAGUUCCCGUACCUUACUUUUCCCUUGGAUCAACUAAUUCAAACUCUUUGUCACAUAACCCUCUAGUUUAUUCAACAAGACCCGCGUCGAACUCAGCAUGUGUAAGCACAAAUAAUAAUCCUUCCAGUGCAAGUCCAUUAGUCAGUCGAAGACCUCGUCUCCCUAAUAGUAAUUCAUGUGCAUUUAGUGAAUUGUGGCAAUCGGGUCCUGUACCGAAUAUAUCUACACAAAGUUCUGCAUUACCACUAACUUCAAACAUCGGAAUAACACAAAAUCCACCAAACUGUGGUUUACGAGAGCGUGUUCCAUGUAACCAUGACACAUCUGCAUAUAAUGAGUCACAGUUUUACAUCACAGAAGAUAAGUGUUUCCUGCAGCCAGGUAGAGUUUGCCACCAUCAAGUGACCCCGAUCACUCAAAGCCCUAAAACAAAAGAUAUUGAUGAGUCUUUAUUAUCUUCAGACUCAAAUACUAGUCCUACUGGAGGAUGCAAAUUAGAACUGGGUAACAAAAAAGGUGCCCCACUCCCACCACCAAUUCCUCCUCGGUCGAAUUUGCGAAAUCAAUUUGUUUCAACAACAAAUACACGUGUUAAUCCUGCAGAUCUCAUAAUCUCAGCAACUGCUGUCCACCCUGUAAUACCUUCACACACCUACAAAAAAGAAAUCGCGAGACCUCAAUCACUAAACACAACUGUAAAUCGACAGAAUUAUCGGACAACAAGUAAUUCAAACAAAAACGCAGCAAGCCCCGUAGCCACGAUAAGCUCUUCUCUUGUAUUGAGUCUCUCGGAGGAAUCAAAUAAAGUCAAUACUACAGAUUCUCGUUUUCAAACUUCAGAUGAUAACUUACAAUCAGUAUUAUGUACAGCAAACGACAUAAACUCACCGUCAGAUACCCCUCCAAAACUACCUCCUCGUAUGGUGACAUCGAACAACUGCAAUUUCAUGAUAUCCAAAAAAUCUCUAGCCCCUGAAAAAGUUGAAAAAUUUAGCACACCACACAUGAAUACCCCUACAGAACAACAGCAACAAGAUGAAAUUGGAACAGAUGAUUUUUGUAGUCGAUCGGCUAGUCCCUUUGUAAAUCAACCAAUAAAAACUUAUUUCUCAAAUUCAAUGGAACCUGUUAUCCCUAUAAAACUUGAUAAUGAUGGUAAUACGGAAAAACCGACAUAUCCUUCAACGAAACUAUCAACACAAGUCCAAGAACCUGAAGUAACAAAAAAAUCUAUGGAUUCAUCCCAUGAACAGCAUACAUUUCGAAUAGUAAAACCAGUUAAUCCAGCUGUUUAUCGACGGUUUAUGGAACAAAGAAUGGCAGAUAUUGGUAGAAUACACCGCGAACGUAAGGAAAGACGUGAUCGUCUUGAAUCCGAAAUGUCCAAAGUUGGUUUAGAUGAAAAUGCUCGUGUUCAAAUGCGCUGUUUACUUCGCAAAAAGGAGUCUAAUCACAUGCGAAUGCAACGUGCUAAAAUGGACCAAUCAAUGUUUUACAGGAUAAAACAUUUAGGUGUUGGAGCAUUUGGCAAAGUAUGGCUUGUACGCAAAAAGGAUAAUAACCAACUAUAUGCCAUGAAGUUAUUAAAUAAAAGAGAUGUUGUAGAACGCCGACAGUUAGCUCAUGUACAAGCUGAAAGAGAUAUUCUAGCUGAGGCAGAUAAUGAGUGGGUCGUGAAAUUGUUUUUUUCAUUCCAAGAUUCACGAGCACUUUAUUUAGUUAUGGAGUAUAUUCCUGGUGGUGAUAUGAUGUCAUUAUUAAUUAAAAAAGGUAUUUUCGAAGAACCGUUAGCACGAUUUUAUAUCGCUGAAUUGACAUUAGCAUUGCAGAGUGUUCACGCUAUGGGAUUCGUUCAUAGGUUAGUACAUUUUACUGCUUAAUUAUUUUUGUUGUAGCUACAAUGUAUUUUGACUUACUUUAGUUUCGUUCAUAGAAAUAGUGUGGUCAAAUUAGUAUAUUAUGUCUUUGCAUCCAACAUUAGUAGUUCUGUAUUUAACUGAACCUCCAAUACUAUUGGGAGUGUUAGUUUGGGAUUGAACGUACGAGAGAAGCAAUUUGUAAUUUACGAACAAUUUGUAUUAGAAAAUAUUCUUUCAUAUGAAUUGAUAGUCGAAUAACCGUUGGAAGUCGGUCAGGAUGUUCUGAUCAUUUAAUUCUAUCGGCAAUUAUGUUUACUUUCAUUAUGAAUGACUACUUGGGUUGCCAGUUAUAGUGAAACUUUAGCUAUUCGUUCCUUUUAAUGGAUCAUUAAUGAUCAUUUUAUGUAUUUACGUUUUUGUGAUUUCGACGACUUGGUUAAUCUGGUUAAGAUUUAGAAACCUAUGUUGGAUUUGUUCAUAGGUUGAACAAGCGUAGUACUAAAAAAGUGGCUUUCUUGAUUUUGGACUGUUAUCCUGGUUAGGUAAUUUUUAAAAUGAAAGCAAUAAUCCUGAAGAAUUACAAGUUGGAAAGACCGUUGUGAAUUUUAGGCCAUUGAAUAUAUCCCAUUGAUCGGGUAAUCACACUUCUCAAUUUCAGACACAAGUCCUUUUACUUACUGUUUUUUAAUCUAAUUCAUCGUUAGCACAGUGUUGUUUGUCUUACAGUCAGACAUAAAUUAUUGUCUCCACAAUCAUUAACUUGUGCCAUAAACUCAGAGAGUUAUGAAUGUUUGUAAACAUUUGUUUUAUCAACUUGGAAAGUGUAAAAGUAAAAUAAAACUCUUACUAGAUCAUAAAAUGAAAACAUUUCUUACUAUCAGCGGAGAUGGAUGGUGGCUAGUGGUGGAAUCCAAGUUGCCUGUUUCAUCCCAUUUGGGACUUCUCAGCUGGAUGUACUUGCACUCCGGAUGUUCUUUCGGGACUGACUAAUGAAUUUCUUAUUAUCUUUCGCAUCUUUUUUUAAGUUCUUUGUUUAUUCUUCUCCAAACUAAUUCCUGUUUUUUCUUGUUAUUGUGCUACAAAUGUAAUAAUGUUCCAUUUAAACCUUAGAUAGACGUUCACUUAUUCUCAUGUGUAUAAAUAAUACUUCUUCUCCGAUUCUCUUAGAGUAUACAGACCUGAAGGUAAGUUAGUUGACGAAAUAUUUUUCAUAACCUUUUUAUUUUAUUGUACCACCCAACUAAAAAACCACAAACCAAAUCAAAGUUUAAUAGUUAGAACUGAUAGUUGAGUUCUAGAAACACUAAAGACUAUGAACAUUGCUCGUGAGCUUCAGAGCAGCGUGAUUUUUUUAAUGAACGGUUAUUUUCUGCUUUUAUAAAGGUGAAUUUAAGUGUUAAUUAGAAUUAAGACAUUUACUGAACUGCUUUACUCAUAAUUGACAAGUGGAACGUAACUAAAUUUCCUAAAGAAAAAACAACAGCAGCUAAAACGGUACUACUGUUAAAAAAAUCCUAUUCAUUUUACUGAGCCUCUGUUAACUCCCAUCACAAUUUAGUGUCAUUGUUAUGUGCAACUCAAAUGUAUUGUCUCAUGAUGUCAUUGUUCUCAUAUGUUAGGCAAUCUGGCAGCAUACACAUCUUUUAAAUCUCACUGAUUCUGCUAACGAUGAACCAUCGUCAUGGCUAUUAUAUUUAGUUUGAUUAUAAGGUUAGUGAAGAAUUUUACAUCACACUUUUAUAUUUCACACACCUUUUUCAGGACAGGUUUAUAUCCUUGACAUGUUUUUUAAUAUUUUAUAUAAACAGAGAUAUCAAACCGGACAACAUUCUCAUUAAUCGUGAGGGACAUAUUAAAUUAACAGAUUUCGGUUUGUGUACUGGCUUUCGCUGGACACAUAGCUCCAAAUAUUGGGAUUUAGACUUCAAUAUACCUUGUUCCUCACCCAGCCGUAAUAGGAUAAAUCGAGCUAAAACAGCUGAACCACCUGAGUCAACCAAAUUAACUGAAGAUCAGAUCACGAAAAGCUGUAAAGAAUGUGAUGAAGACGAUGUUACAACUAUAGAAAAGGAAGAGGUUGGGGUACUGGAACAAGUGCACAAUUCCCGUCAAACAAAUGGUAAACAAUUUACAGCGUUAAGGGCGGUACACCAUGACAAAACACUUGAAAGGCGUAGGAAUAGUUUUGCUAAUCGCCGAUGUGCACAAUCUUUAGUUGGAACGCCGAAUUACAUCGCACCAGAAAUUUUGCGCAGGCAAGAUUACGGACAAGCCUGCGACUGGUGGUCAGUUGGAGUGAUUUUAUACGAAAUGCUUGUUGGACAGCCUCCUUUCCUAGCGCAGACAGCGGCAGAUACACAAAUUCGUGUUGUCCAGUGGUAUAAUUACCUUAAGUUGCCCGGUGAGCCACGUUUAAAAAAAGAUGCAAGCAAUCUUAUACGUCAACUCCUCCGAGAUCCAUCUGAUCGACUAUCUGAUCCAGUAAAAAUAAAAUCUCAUCCUUUCUUCGAAUCAGUUGCAUGGGAUAAACUUGUUCAGCAAACGCCCCCAUACGUUCCAACAAUUCGUGAUGAAUUGGAUACAUCCAACUUUGACCCAGUUGACGAUGAACGUACACUUUAUAGUAGUGGGAACAAUCAUAGUUUGGAUUAUUCAUCGGCUAACAAUACUCAAUUACCAUUUCCAAACUUUACAUUCAAACGAUUUUUCGAUCGCGACCCAACCACUAUCCAAACUCCGUAAUCUCACUUUUCUGAUUCAGAUUUCUGGUUUUUUUGAUAAUUCAUCUGUAUCAUUACUAAUGAUCCAUUUUUAGUAUCAUUGUAAUGGAAUCAUAAGUGGCAUUUACAGAAUAAGUCAUAUAUGUUUUAACAUACUUCUUGUCAUAUCCCAUGCUUUUAAGCAAAACUCUAUGCUGUACAGAAAAUUUUGUACUUUUUCUGUUGAUUCUGCUUUGAAGAUAUGUUUUAUUUAACAGUUUUCAUAUCUGAAUAUAUUUCUCUUUAUAUAUAU